AUGGCAAAGACAAAUUCGACUAUGAAUCCUUUAAUUGCUGUGGUUGGCGCUACAGGGACGGGAAAGUCCAAAUUAGCUGUUGACCUUGCUGUCCGAGUCAAUGGAGAAAUAAUCAGUGCAGAUGCUAUGCAGAUGUACAAGGGCCUUCCGAUAACCACCAACCAAAUACCCAUUGAAGAGCGACAUGGUAUCCCACACCAUUUGAUCGGAUGUGUAGACCUGGAUCAGGACCCUUGGAGGGUUGGAGUAUUCAAGAAGGAGAGUCUAAAGAUCAUCGAUGAGAUUAGGUCAAGGGGUAAAGUUCCUAUUUUGGUUGGCGGGACACACUACUAUACGCAAUCCGUUCUCUUCCAUGAACCCUUACUUGAUGAAGGCGAGGGGAAUCCGAAUAGCCAGAUGUUCAAGCCAUCGGAAGGACUUCCAAAUUACGAAGUUUCGAAGGCAGAGUCUGAGGAGCGUGUGGACUUUUCGAUACUGAAUGCUUCCCCUGAGGAGGUCUAUGAAAAAUUAAAAGAAGUGGACCCCAUAAUGGCAAAUCGGUGGCAUCCAAACGAGAAGAGAAAGGUGCGACGGUCCCUAGAGAUCUAUUUACAGACUGGACGGCGAGCUUCAGAUAUAUAUGAAGAACAGAAAAAGAAGAUUAGACAGGCAGCGCUGCAGGAUGACGAUUCCUGCGAGGCCGGUGAGUUCGAGGAUCCAGCCACUCAGCUAGGCCAGGCGAGAUUUUCUCUUCUUGUUUUUUGGGCCCAUACUGAAAAGGAGGAAUUACGGAAGCGACUUGACAAGCGUGUGCACGAAAUGAUAGAUCAAGGCCUAUUGCAGGAAGCCCAGAGAAUGUUCAAAUAUUUACAGGACAAAGCCUCGGAGGGAGUUGAAGUCGAUCGAACUCGCGGAGUUUGGAUGUCAAUUGGGUUCAAGGAACUGGAGCCGUACAUUAACGAACUGCUCACAGCAAAGGAGGAACCAAAUAGCGAACUUGAUAAAGUGAAGGAGGAGUGCAUUGAAUCAAUUCAGGCUGCCACAAAAAUAUAUGCUAAACAUCAAACAAGAUGGAUUAGAAAUAAAUUGUGGAAGGCUUUAGGCACUUCUGGGAUGACAGACCGUCUUUAUAUUGCUGAUUCAACGAAUGUGGAAGAUUGGGACACUGUUGUACGCCAGCCUGCCGAAGAAAUCGCCUCAAAGUUCCUUUCUGGAGUCUCUCUCCCGCAUCCCAAAGAGGUGUCGGCGGUUGCAAAAGAAUUCUUUGAAUCUGCGAAUGCACCUGCUCGCUUUGAAGUUGAUGACAUUCCUCAGAUGAGGAUAUGCUCGACCUGCAAUGCUACGAUUGCCGGAGCAGAUACCUGGGAAAUCCAUAUGAAAGGGAGGAGACACAAGAGAGCAGUAAAAUCUGCUGAAAAUAGACGGCGCCGAGACGAAUAUUUCCAGAAAUUGCGAGAGCAGUCCGAGGAGAACAAUCGUGACACUUGUCUGGAAGCAUAA